CUUCCUGAACCCGGUUCAGGGCGAGGACGCGCGACGCAUGCGCAGUGCGAGCGCCCUGACCUUCAGCAAGCCGCUGCGAACCGGCGGGCGAUCGGACGAAGCUGCGGGAAAGAGCCGGAUCGGCGGCGCUGCUGCUGCUGCUGCUCUUCUUGCCGGUGCCCGGGCCCAGCCUCGGAGGAACCAAGUUAGGAGCAUGGCGACUCUGAAAGACAUUACCCGGCGCUUGAAGUCUAUCAAGAACAUCCAGAAAAUCACUAAAUCCAUGAAAAUGGUUGCCGCCGCCAAAUACGCCAGGGCGGAGAGGGAAUUAAAGCCCGCCAGAGUUUACGGCGUGGGGGCCUUGGCGCUCUACGAGAAAGUAGACAUCAAACCUCCCGAGGACAAGAAAAAGCACCUCCUCGUUGGCGUGUCUUCUGAUCGUGGCCUGUGUGGAGCCAUUCACAGCUCCGUGGCUAAAGAGAUCAAGCACCAGUUCUCCAACCUCACGGGUUCAGGGAAAGAAGUCAUGGUGGUUGGAGUUGGCGACAAGCUGAGAGGCAUCCUUCAGAGGACGCACGGAAAGAACUUCCUCUUGAACUUUAAAGAAAUUGGAAGGAAGCCUCCCACAUUUGGAGACGCCUCGAUCAUUGCUCUGGAGCUGCUGAAUUCUGGAUACGAGUUUGAUGAAGGCUCCGUCAUCUACAAUCGGUUCAGGUCGGUCAUAUCCUACAAGACGGACGAGAAGCCAAUCUAUUCCCUUGAGACGGUUUCUGGGGCUGAAAGCAUCAGCAUCUACGAUGACAUCGACGCGGAUGUCCUGAGGAACUACCAGGAAUUCAUAUUGGCUAACAUCAUCUUCUACUCCAUGAAGGAGUCUACUACGAGUGAGCAGAGCGCUCGGAUGACCGCUAUGGAUAAUGCCAGCAAAAACGCCUCUGAGAUGAUUGACAAGCUGACCCUGCGAUUCAAUCGCACUCGCCAAGCUGUCAUCACCAAGGAACUAAUUGAGAUCAUCUCUGGUGCUGCAGCUCUGCACUAACGGCUAAUCCGAAAGUGAAUGUCAUCCAGAAUCAACAGAUAAAAAGAGAAAUUCUUCCAGCAAGCGGUUCCUUUCUGAAGGGAGAAGAUUAUUAAUCUGUCCAUUCUGUGAAGAAUUCUCAGGCAGAGAAUUCCGUCUGUUUGAAAUUUGUAUUGCAAUAAAGACCUACGUGAAAGUUU